AUGUCCGUUGGUGAGCAGUCGCAACCCCGCUUCAGAUUCUAUCACCCACUUCGCCUUACCCUUCCUCAAGCACAUUUGACCCCCUCUGUGAUAUACCCUUCCCUCCAUUACCACCUACACACACGCUUGCAACUUAAACACUAA